AUGCGUUGGUCACAAACAAUGAACGCAAACUCACUGCGGGCUGUCUUUAGGGCAAAAGGGGAAGAAACCGGAUGUUUGGCAUAUCGGCCUCGGAUGCAUCGCUUUUUUGCAGAGCUGGAGCCAUCUCUAUCCGUCACUGAGCAAAACCUGGCAGACCGAGUUCGGUACAUCCUGCGCUCCAACAUAUUUGGUGACGCCGAACUCGAACGUCUACGACGUGAGGCUGUUCCCUCAUCGGAUGGAAAUGCUACGGCUGGGAAUGCGGCGCCACUAAUUGCGCAGCAAACUGCAAAUGUGGACGCUGCCGUCAAUAUUUCAUUUGUGGUUGAUUCAGACGAUGAUGGAAUAGUUCCCCGCGAACUAGAGAAAAUGAGGAGCAUAUUGGAAGAGUCAAUGCUGGAAACGCGCAGCAUGCCUCUCGAAAAUCGACCGCGACUUCCGCGCAUACCCCUUAGCAAGCCAAAUCGGGCUGUCGUGCAGGCUCUUAACCCAAUGCUGGUGACCUAUUAG